AUGAGUGGUAAAAUAUCGAAAUCUUUGGAAUCAUCUAGUGAUGCAGUAGAUGCGGCGAUUGCCAAAGUUGCAGAACUUUUAAGAUCUCCCGAUGAUUUAGUUAAGACAAGUCUUUUACGUAAAAGACACGCAAUAGAAAAGGCAACAAUAGACGCUCAAUUAAAAACAGGGAUUUCACAAAUUCAUCGUAAUUUCGUUGCAACACAAGAAACUGCACAAAAAUUACAAGAAAUGUAUUCAACCGUGGAUCAAAUACAAAAUCUUUUACAAGAAGAUAAACAAAAUAAUUAUGGACCACAAAAUAUAUUGUACAUUCAUUAUCAAUUAUUUAGAUUACAAGAAUUUCGAGAUAGUACAAUGCAUCAAGCUAAAAAUUCAACACAAGGUGAUUUGAUUUUUACAUUAGAACAAUAUUUUCAAAGAUUAGAUGAAUUAUCAAAUGAAUUUAAGGAAUAUCUUUGGUCAUUGACCAAAGGAAUUAUGGAAUUAGCAAAAAAUGGACAAGGAGCAAUUAUUGUUAGUAUAGUUAAGGUGAUCGAAGCGGAAGAGAAAGCGGAUGAAAGAGCGACGCGAGCGGAACAAGCAAGAUAUAGUUAUUCGGAUCUUGCAACUAAAUUUAAAUCAAUUCAAACUAGUCCACGUGUAAUUCGAUCAUAUCGAAGUCAAUUUCAAGAUAAAUUACAAGAUUCAAUUUCCGAAUUGUUUGAAGAUUUUCAUGAGACCUUUAAAGAUGAACCAAUGAAAUUAUUAGAAAAAGUAGAUUUUAUUUAUAAUGAUCUUGGAAUGGUUUAUCAAGAAAUCGUACCAAGAUUUCCUAAAAGAUAUAAUAUCUUUUCAGUAUUUGUUUUAGCAUAUCAUAGACAUUUAUAUAAUAUUUUUGAUAAAAUGGUUAAAUCGGAUCCAGAUGCCGGAACAAUUUUAAGAUUAAUUCGAUGGGUUCGACAAUAUUAUAAACGAAUGAAUAAAGAAUUUCGAGUUUCGGAAGAUAUAUUGGAACCACCUUUAAUUGAUGGAAAUGAACAAGGUUUAAUUAAUGAUUAUUUGGAUUUAAUUAAAGGAAAACUUGUUGAAUGGAUGAACAAUUUAAUGAAUGAUGAAACUAAAGAUUUCGUGGAACGAAGUAAGCCACCUGAAUUAGAUACGAAUCAAUUAUAUGGAUUAUCCGGAUCAGUUAUUAUGUUUCAAAUGGUAAAUCAACAAAUUGAUGUUGCCGCAGAAUCGGGACAAGGUAAAAUUUUGGCAGAUGUUGUAAAAGUUUGUGCUGAAGUAAUGAAAAAAUCUCAACAAACUUGGAUGACUUUAUUAAAAUCGGAAUUAAAAAAACAAAUCGAAAAACCAAAUGAUGCACCAGCAGGAUUUGUAGAAUAUGUUAUCGCAUUAGGAAAUGAUCAAAUUCGAUGUGCAGAUUUUACUGAAGCAGUUGUUCAAAGAUUACAACCUUUACUUUCCGAAAAAUAUCGAAAUCAAAUUACCAAUGAUCUUAACGAAACCAUGGAUGGAUUUUUAAUCAUCGCACGUGCAGCAAAGGAUACAUUAUUGGAUGUAGUAUUUAAUGAUUUAAAAUUACCAUUUAGUCAAAUUUAUACAUCCUCAUGGUAUCAAGAUGAUCCAAUGUUACUUAUUAUUGAAACAAUUAAAGAUUAUAACAAUACUGAUUUUCAACCACAUAUGAAUGAAUAUUUAUUAGAUAAAUUAAUGACAAAUAUAUUAGAGAGAUUUAUUAUUGCAUAUAUAGAAGCGAUAAAAAAUAAAGGAGCCAAAUUUAAGAAACCUGAAUGUUUAACGAAAACUAAAAAUGAUGUUGGAACAGCUUUAACAUUUUUCCAACAACAUAUUCCACCAUUAGAAUUAAAGAAUACAUUUGAUGUAAUAGAUAGAAUGCAUCAAUUAAUAGAAAGUAAUCGAAAAUCAAUAUUCUUAGAUUAUUAUAAAAUGAAGAAAGCAUAUGGAGAUAUGCCAAAUGGGUUUAUUGAAGAAAUUUUAACAAAAAGAGAUGAUUUAGAGAAAUCACAUGUAAAAGAAAUUAUGGAAAAUAUUAAAGCAAAAAGUAAAGAAACAGGAGAAUAUACAGGAAAAGCAACUAUUUUUGGUAAAAUUAAUUGGUAG